CCCGCAGAAGCUUGAAUCAUAAAAGUUGUUAAGAUGCACAAAGUUUCCAAAAGUAUCCCCAAGAACAUAUUUUUUUCUAGUUUGGCAAAUGUGUUACCAAAGCAAUAUGAACACCAUACACCAGUUAUGUCCAAAGAAGUUCUCAAAGCUCUUGCUCCAAAAUCAGGUGAAACUAUUGUUGAUAUGACAUUCGGUGCUGGUGGCCAUACAAAACAAAUUUUAGAUGCAGUGCCCAAUAUUAAAAUGAUUUGUUUAGAUAGAGAUCCUGUAGCUUAUAAUUUUGCAAAAGAACUCUCUGAUAAAUAUCCUGGACAAAUCAUUCCUUUAUUAGGCAGAUUUUCAGAAUUACCUGAUUUAUUAGCUUCUCAUAAUGUAGAAUCAAACUCUAUAGACGGUUUUCUGUUUGAUUUCGGUUGUUCGUCCAUGCAAUUUGAUGUGGGUGAAAGAGGAUUUUCAAUAAGUAAAGACGGACCUCUUGAUAUGAGAAUGGAUGGUAAUCGAUGUCCUGAUCAACCAACAGCAGCAGACGUAUUAGCUAGAGCUAGUGAGGAAGACAUUGCUAAAAUAAUUAAAAUCUAUGGGGAAGAGAAACAAUAUAAAAAAAUUGCACGUGCAAUAGUUGAUGCUAGAUAUACUUUCAGAAGAUUAGAACGGACAUCAGAAUUGGUUGAUUUAAUUAAUUCUGUUUGUGAGGAUGAAAUAAGACAUGAUAAACUUAACAGAUUCAGUAAUGUAGCUACCAAAACAUUUCAAGCUUUGAGAAUCUUCAUAAACAACGAAUUAAAUGAAAUCAAUUAUGCAAUGUUAUUAGCAAAACAUUACUUAAAAAUUCAUGGACGUAUGGUUACAAUUUCAUUUCAUUCUCUAGAAGAUACAAUUGUAAAACGUCAUAUUAUGGGGCACUUGGUUGAAGGUGUUGCAAACGCUUUGCCUUUGAAAUUCUCAGAUCCUACUGUAAUUUAUGAUAAGUAUAUUUUGCAAAAUAUGAUGAAGUCACCUUGGAAAUCUUUAUAUAAACAUGUAUUAGUUCCAUCAGAUGAGGAGGUUGAUAUUAAUCCUAGAAGUCGAUCUGCAAGACUUAGGGCUGCCAUAAAAGUAGAAUGAAUACUAAUAACAUAA